AGAAGCGGUGUUUGUUGCACAGCUCAAUUGUGUGGACGCUUGGAGUCGGCGAUUGUGUUAUCGUAAUUGCUAUUAUUCAAUAUAAACAAAAAGCUGGUAGCUUAGCGCAUUGACAUCUACUGAUAACUGAUAGUUAUAGACAUCGUCACACAGGAAUAAAAGUGAAGAAUUAAGGUGGGCAGUGAAAAUUGGCAAAACAAAUCGUUGCCAAGAUAUUGCUCAAAAGCUCCCAGCAGUAAGAACUAAAAUUCCACCACACUGUUGCUUGGCCACGCGCUUCGAAUACAUCGCCAAUUGCUGCGCCGUCUGUUUUGGGAAAAAUUUUGCAAGAUGGGUUGCGACUCAAAGGUCGAAAGCACGGACGGCUUUGUUAACUGGCAGGAUAUAGUUGCACUGACGCAAAGUCAUUGUAAGAUGCGUGAUCCGUCAAGAGUGGAGCGCAUCAUUAAUGAAUUUGUACAAGGCGGACCAGAGCGCAUGCAGCUUGUUUCGGAUUUUGAUUACACCAUAACUAAACAACGAACGGAGGACGGCGGCCCAGUGCCCUCAAGCUUUGGCAUCUUCAAUGCAUGCAAAUCCCUGCCAGUGAGCUUUAAGGAGGAAUCGAACAAACUAUAUCACAAAUAUCGGCCCAUCGAGAUCGACCCGCAUAUGCCACCCGAGGAAAAGGUGCAGUACAUGAUUGAGUGGUGGACAAAAAGUGGCAAACUGACCAGUGGAUUUCCCUUCGACCAGGCAGAGAUUGAUCAGAUCGCUGGCAAAUACAAAAAUGCGCUACGUGACCGUACACACGAACUGUUCGAUGAUUUGAAUCGAUUGCAAAUACCAGUGCUUGUGCUCUCGGCUGGCCUAGGCAAUUCAGUGAUUUCUUUACUAGGGCAAGCAAACCUCAUGUACCCAAAUGUAAAGGUUGUAUCCAACUUUUUGCAGUACCGCGACGGCUUGCUGGAUGGAUUUCAGCAGCCCAUGAUACACACAUUCAACAAGAAUGAAGCUGUAUUAGAUGGCAGUGAAUACUAUGACCUUGUGCACAACCGGGAUCACAUAAUCGUGAUGGGCGACUCCAUAGGUGAUGCCGAUAUGGCUGCUGGUGUUCCGGCUUCAUCGCACAUUAUGAAAAUUGGCUUUCUAUUUGAUCAUGUGGAGGCGAACAUGGAGAAAUAUAUGAACACAUUUGACAUCGUGCUGGUCGAUGAUCAGACUAUGGAUGUACCCAGGGCGCUUCUUGCACUUAUCGAACGGCAGCACAAAUUACGCUUGGCAGGCAAUGGUGUAGCUUCAGCAACACUUCUGCAUACAUAAAUAUGUACAAACAUGCAUACUACGGGCUAAUACUUAUUAGCAGUAAAAUGCUAUAAAGCAGAGAAGCUACUAGUUUUAUAAUGACGAUGGGGUACAGUUAAAGUGACUCAGUGUAUAACAUUAUUUUAAAUUACUUUUUUGUUGAUAAUAAUAACAACAUAUGUAUGUUUGCAAAUGUAUAUCUUGUGUAAAUAUACACACAUUUGAUAGAAUAAACUGAUUAAAAUAAA